AUGGAAUCCAACCCAGAUUCAGCAGCCUUGGCCCAACAAGUUCAAGCCCUUGCAGCCACCAUUGAAGAACUCACCAAACAAAACCAGGAAAUGAAGCUACGACUCCAGCAGGUUCAACAGGCUCAACAGGAAGAAAACCGGUCCAAGGGCAACCUAGAAGGAGAAGGGGAUAGCCAUAGGAGAGGGGGGCAACGACCAAAGAGGCCAGCAGACUACUUACUCACCAUUAGACAGGGAGAAAAGGAAACCCUAAGGUCAUAUGUCAAACGCUUCACCCGAGAGACUCUAGAGGUGGACGAAGCCGAUGACAAGGUGCAGCUGACGACCUUCAAAGCAGGACUGAGGUCCAGAGAUCUUAUGGCCUCCCUCGCAAAGAACCCGCCAAAGACGAUGGCAGAAAUGCUCCUGAAAGCACAGAAGUACAUGAACGCUGAAGACGCUUUAGCGGCCAUAAAGAAUGCAGAGAAGCCAGGAGACAAGGCAAAAAAACAAGACGACCGUAGGGGGCAAAAGAGAGAGCGAUCGGACUGUCGGAACAAUGACAGGAAUAUGAGGAAGGAUGAUAAAAGUUCUCAGACGGUAAGAUUUACUCCUUUGGUUAGGCCUGUUGACAAAAUUUUCACGCAGCUCAAGGACGAGCAUUACCUCAAAUGGCCAAGACCAUUGCACUCAUCCCCCAAUGUCCGCGACAAGAACAAGUACUGCCGUUUCCACAAAGAUCACGGCCACAACACGGAAGACUGGAAAGACCUAAAGGAGCAGAUAGAGGAGUUGAUACGUAAAGGGAAGUUACAGAAAUAUGUGAAGAAGGGAGAAUAUAGUAAAUUCAGGGACGAUAAUAAAGGCCAGCAUGAAUCCUUUUCUCGGUUUGACGACCGUCCAUCCCAACCUCCGCACAAAGUGAUUGGGGAGAUAAAGACGAUUAUAGGGGGGCCAUUCUCGGGAGGAUCAUUUAAAUCACUCAAGAAGGCAUACCAGAGGCAGGUAAACAGUGUCCACACCGUACCCCCGUCUAAGCAUAAACGAACAUACCAGGACAUGUCCUUCAGUGAAGGAGACGCCAUGGGAGUGAAGCAGCCCCACAACGAUCCCUUGGUCAUAAUGCUGAAUAUAGAAGGGUUCAAUACCAAGAGGAUCCUCGUCGACAAUGGCAGCUCCACAAACAUCAUCUACCUCCCAGCCUUCCAGCAACUGAGACUAGAUCUGAGAAGACUACGCCUUUUUGACUCUCCACUCGUCAGCUUCAACGGAGACAGGGUCUACCCCAGGGGCAUAGUGAUAUUGACGGUGACGGCGGGGGCCUACCCAGUGCAGUUGACCCGUCAAGUAAAAUUCCCAACAGAUAAUGGCGUCGGUGAAGUGAAAGGAGAUCAAGUCUUGGCAAGAGAAUGCUAUCAAGCCGUCCUGGCUACGAAGGAGAACCAUACAUGGAUGAUUGAAGAAAAGGAAGAAGAUAGGAUAGAGGCCCUGGAAACGAUGGAAUUGGUAGAAGGAGAAGCGAACAAGACGACCAAGAUAGGAACGACGUUAAGCCCCUAG